UUUUAAAUAAAAACAGCUGUUCAGAAAAAGAAAAACACAUUAAACAACAAUAAUAGUUUUCUUCUGAAUUUUUUUUUUUGUUUUUGCACUAAAAUUAACCAAAAGUUACAUUCAUAUUUUUUUUGUUUUGUUUUGAAAUUCUUUACUAUGGACCAAAAUAUUGAAGUUCUGCAGGUUGUAUCUCUGUAAAGUUUGCCAAACACAGCAGAAAACAUUCUGUUGGGGGACUUUCUCAGCCUCCCCCAGCAGAUGGUGAGCUUGUUUUCUGGAUCUUGCCGCCCUGCUGGAGGGGUGGAGUUGGUGGGAUGCAGAGUUUCCAGAAGACAACUCCCUCCAGCUCCUGACUUUACGCUCAUCAACAGUUGCUGGCUGACCCACCAACAUCUCGCAGCAGCUGUAACCGACCUGCUGUCUAAGAUGUUGCUUCUAAUCUUCACUUUCACAUCUUUGGCUCGGUGGUGCCCCGUCUGGACUCAGGAGCCGGAGUUUGCAGACGUGUGCACGGAGGGCAGCUGCUACCCGGCCACAGGUGACCUGCUGAUCGGUCGAGCGCACAAACUCAGGGCCUCCUCCACCUGCGGCCUGACUGGGCCCACUCCCUUCUGCAUCGUCGGUCACCUGGAGGAGGAGGAGAAAUGUUUUCAGUGCGACUCGAGGCGGAUGUACGACGAGGAGACCAACGACAUCAGCCACACCAUCGAGAACGUGGUCACCACCUUCGCCCCCAACCGCCUGAAGACCUGGUGGCAGUCUGAGAACGGUGUGGAGAAUGUCACCAUCCAGCUGGACCUGGAGGCUGAGUUUCAUUUCACUCACCUCAUCAUGACCUUCAAGACCUUUCGUCCUGCUGCUAUGAUGAUCGAACGCUCCAUGGACUUUGGGAAAUCCUGGCAGAUCUACCGUUACUUUGCCUCCAACUGUGAGACGUCCUUCCCGGGCAUUUCUACCGGGCCCAUGGUCAAAGUGGACGACAUCAUCUGUGACACCCGCUACUCAGAUAUCGAACCGUCCACCGAGGGAGAAGUGAUAUUCCGAGUCCUGGACCCCGCCUUUGAGAUUGAAGACCCCUACAGUUUGAGGAUACAGAACAUGCUGAAGAUCACAAACCUGAGGGUGAAGUUCAUCAAACUCUACACGCUGGGCGAUAAUCUGCUGGACUCCCGUGACGAGGUGAGAGAGAAGUACUACUACGCUCUCUACGACAUGGUCGUCCGUGGAAACUGCUUCUGCUACGGCCACGCCUCAGAGUGCGCCCCCAUUGACGGAGAGCCAAGUGGAGCUGAGGGGAUGGUUCACGGUCACUGUGUGUGCAACCACAACACGGAGGGGCUGAACUGUGAGCGCUGCAAGGACUUCUAUCAGGAUUUACCAUGGAGGCCUGCAGAGGGAAAAAACACCCACGCCUGUAAAAAGUGUGACUGCAACCAUCACGCCACAUCGUGCCACUUUGACCUCGCCGUGUUCAUGGCGACCGGCAACGUGAGCGGCGGCGUGUGCGACGACUGCCAGCACAACACCGUGGGCCGGCAGUGCGAGCAGUGCGCGCGCUUCUUCUACCAGCACCCCAGCAGAAACCUGAGAGACCCGAACAUCUGCGAGCCAUGUGACUGUGACCCAGACGGGUCACUAGAGGGUGGGAUUUGUGACCCUCGAACUGACGUGGCGGCGGGGCUGAUCUCAGGUCAGUGUCGCUGCAAGGCCAACGUGGAGGGAGAGCGCUGCGACAACUGUAGGCGGGGCUACUACGGCCUGGGAGAAAGCCCUGAGGGAUGCCUGUCGUGUACCUGCAACCAGCUGGGAACGAUGCCCGGAGGAGCCCACUGUGACUCAGAGACGGGGAAAUGCAUCUGCAAGAGGCUCGUUGAUGGACACAACUGUGAUCAGUGUCUGCCAGAGCACUGGGGUCUGUCAAAUGACAUGGAUGGAUGCAGGCCAUGUGACUGUGAUCACGGCGGAGCCGUCAACAACAACUGUGACCCCGACUCUGGACAGUGUGUGUGCAGGGAGCACAUGUUUGGACGCCGCUGCGACCAGGUUGAGUCCGGCUUCUACUUCAUCGAUCUGGAUCACUACACCUAUGAAGCUGAAGACGCCAAGCAUGGACCUGGUGUGGCAGUGGUACCAAGGCCUUAUCCUCUCAACCGGAGCCCAACAUGGACUGGGAUGGGCUUUGUUAAUGUGCCAGAAGGAGCGUAUCUAGAGUUCAACGUCAACAACAUCCCAGAAUCCAUGGACUACGACAUCCUUAUCCGCUAUGAGCCACAGCUGCCACAGCAGUGGGAACAGGUUGUCCUCCGGGUGGAGCGUCCUGUUUUCAAUCCCCCAAACCGCUCUGGUCACUGCAGCAACUCCAUCCAGAGUGGAGACGAGCAGUCCAUCUCUCUGUCACCUGGAUCCAGACAUGUGUUGCUGGUGAGACCUGUGUGCUUUGAGAAGGGCCUGAACUACACCAUCCGCCUCACGCUGCCACUGUACUCCACAAACAGCCACGUCCAAAAUCCAUACACGCUCAUCGACUCUCUGGUGCUGAUGCCUCGAGUCAAGGAGCUUGAAAUGUUUCAUGGGACAAAGGGUGAAGCAGAGUGGGAUACUUUCCAAAGGUACCGAUGUCUGGAGAGCAGCAGGAGUGUCAUCAAAAGCCCCAUGACCGACAUCUGUAAAGAUUACAUCUUUAGCGUUUCUGCUGUGCUGCACAAAGGAGCCAUGGCCUGCCAGUGUGAUCCUCAGGGUUCUCUCAGCAGCGUCUGCGACUCCAGUGGAGGUCAGUGCCGGUGCCGACCCAACGUUGUUGGCAGAAACUGUGACCACUGUGCUCCGGGGACCUUCCUGUUCAGCCCGGCCGGCUGCAGGCCUUGCAACUGUGACCCCCUGGGCUCGGUCACAGCUUUCUGCCACGAGUUUACCGGCACAUGCCAGUGUGCCCCUGGAGUCACCACCCGCCAGUGUUCAGAGUGUCUGCCGGGAUUCUGGGGAUUCCCUCAGUGCCGAAAGUGCCAGUGUAACGGCCACAGCGACUACUGCCACCCCCAGACCGGGGAGUGCCUGGACUGCCGAGACUUCACCACGGGACACCAGUGUGAGAGAUGCAUGAAUGGUUACCAUGGUAACCCCGAGCUGGGUUCAGGUGAGCGCUGCCGCCCCUGCAUGUGUCCGGACGGGCCUCGCAGCGGCAGACAGUUCUCUGACAGCUGCUACUUCCUGGCCGACCCCAACCACCUGGUGUGUGUGUGCAGCAGCGGGUACAAAGGCAGCCGCUGUGAUGAGUGUGCUCCUGGUUACUAUGGAAACCCUCUGAUUCCUGGAGGUCGCUGUACUGCCUGUCAGUGCAACAACAACAUCGACAUGCACGACCCCAAGUCCUGCGACUCUCGAACGGGCGCCUGCCUCAAAUGCCUCUACCACACCGAGGGCCACGCCUGCCAGCACUGCAAACCGGGUUACUACGGCAACGCCACCACACGGAGCUGCACCAAGUGCAUGUGUUCGCCCUUUGGGACGAUACCCGAGGCGUGUUCAUCCGGUGAGGACUGCCGGUGUGACCGGCGCAGCGGCCAGUGCCCCUGCCAGCCCAACGUGGUGGGUCAGAACUGCGACCGCUGCGCUCCGGACACGUGGGGCCUCAGCAGCAGGAAGGGCUGCCAGCGCUGCGACUGUGACCCCAUCCACUCUGUCGGGUCUUCCUGCGACGAGGCGACGGGACAGUGUGUUUGCAAGCCGGGCUUCGGUGGGAGGACGUGUCGGGAGUGCAGAGAGCUUUUCUGGGGGGAUCCUAAGGUCAAAUGUCACGCUUGUGACUGUGACAGCCGUGGGAUCUCCAGCGGCCAGUGUGACCGCGCCACCGGACACUGCACCUGCGUGGAGAGCGCGUCCGGCCCGCGCUGCGACCAGUGCGCCCGGGGCUACUGGGGGGAGUUUCCGGCCUGCGAGCCCUGCCACCGCUGCUUCUCCGUGUGGGACAAUGUUGUUUCGGAGCUGACCAAUCAAACCCGCCGCCUCCAAGCCCAAGUGACGGAGCUCCACAGCAUCAGGGUCACGGCACCGUACAAGGAACUGAUCGGCAGCCUGGAGAGGAACGCCAAGGCGGUCCGAGAAAUACUGGAGAACAAAACUGCUUCAGCGAAGAUGGAGGCGAUUACUGAGGAUUCCCAUGAGAUCAUUGGACUGCUGUCCCAUCUAAGCGGAGUGAUGAAUUCCACCGAAGAGACUUUGACUUUUAUCCGAGACGAUGCAAACAUGACGGAGGCAAACUUGAACGCUCUGACCGACGAGGCCAACCAGCUGGAGGCGAACGUUCAGGAGCUGAGGCAGCUCGUGCACAACAUCAAGAACGCCAACAUCCAAGGCGCGAUGAGCACCAUCUCUGCUGCACACAUGGAGUCGACCGCGGCGGAGUGGCGCUCCAAGGCCUCCACCAGCUACCCUGGAAGCACCGUGCAGGAGUCCACUGUGCUACGGAAAACUGCUGAGGACAAACUUAGCAGGAGUCAGAAAGAAUUUGACAGGAAGCACCAAAGAAACAAUCGGAAGCUGGAGAAUCUCUCCCAAGAGCUGGAUAAGUUUAACCUAACUCGACUCAGCGAGAAAAUUUGUGGUGGUGCGGAUGAGGAUCUGGGAUGCUCCUCCUGCGGCGGGCUGGGCUGCAGCGGGGAUGACGGACAGCCCCGCUGUGGAGGAGAAGGGUGCGGCGGCCUCCUCUCCACCUCCCAAAGUGCUCUGACGUCAGCCGAGAAGCUGGAGCAGCAGAUCCGAGCGGCGAUGCAGGAGGUGGACGAGCUCUCCAGGAUGGUGUGGGAGGCCAACAUCCGCGCCAAAGAGGCCAAGGAGCGGGCGGUGGAGGCGCAGAAGAACUCGAACCACAGCAAAGAGAGGGUGGAGCGGAGCAACCAGCAGCUCCGCAGCCUGAUCACGGAGAUCCGGGACCUGCUGACCAACGAGAAGGCGGACGCGUCCGUGAUCGAGGCGGUCGCCAACGAGGUUCUGGCUCUGGAGAUGCCGGCCUCCGCGGAGAAGCUGCAGGAGCUGACGAUGGAGAUCCGGGAGAGGGUCGGCGCCCUGACCAGCGUGGACGCCAUCCUCCGUCAGAGCGCCGAGGACAUCCGGAUGGCCGAGGCGCUCCUGAGGCGCGCCAAGGAGGCCAGUGAGAACACUUCAGACAUGAAGAAGGAAGCCGAGGAGGUGAAGGAGGCUCUGGAGGAGACGGAGCGCGCUCAGAACACCGCCAAGGACGCCAUCCUGCUGGCUCGGGACAACACCAAAGGCACGUUGGACCUGCUGGACACGGUGGAGCAGGAGACCGCCGAGUCCGAGCUGCAGCUCAGCAACACCACCCGCCGCCUGCUGCAGCUGGAGAGGGAGGUGGGCCUGCUCCGGCAGAACGGCCUAGAGAUGAGCAGGUUGGUGGACGACGCCGAGCAGAAGACCCAGUGGGCCAAGGAGGAGGCGGAGCUUGCAGAGCGGAAGUUUGAAGAAGAGGUGAAAGACCAAUUUGAAGAGGUGAAGGAACAGGUGGAGGACAGAGGGGAGGCGGUGCUGCAGGCCAGGAGGAGAGCGGAUGAGCUGCAGCGGGAAGCUCGAGAGCUGCUGGAGCAGAGCAGCAGCAAGCUGCAGAGGCUGGGAGAGUUGGAAAUCUCCUACGAGGCCAACCAGCGAAUCCUGGAGGAGAAAACCGCAGAGCUGGAACAGAUGGAGCAAACGGCUCGCCGCAUCCUGGAUGAAAUCAGCCAGAAGGUGACGCUGUACAGCACCUGCCUGUGAGGGAACGCCAUGCCGCCGCCGUCGCCGCCUCUCCUGUGGAUUUAAACUGAACAGAAACGAGCUUUCAAAUCCAAACAGGAUUUUCCCCCAGAAGAAACCAAUGUGACCUUUAAACUCUUUUUAGCCCAUUUUAUGACUGAAAAUGUGUAUUUAAUAUUUCCAGAUAUGGAUUUUAUUGGUGAUAUUAGUGUUUUAUAAGAAAAGAAGCAUCUGGACUGAAAGUAGAUUUAUUUUAAAUAAACAUUUUUGUCACAAA